AACGGCAAGGUCAUCCUGCUCGCCGUGUUCAUUGCUUUCGGCGGAUUUCUCUUCGGCUACGACAUGGGCGUCAUCUCCGGCUGCCUCAUCAUGCCCGACUUCAUCCACCGCUUCGGCCAAGGACCGCCCGGCGCGCGCGUCCUCACCAGCUCGCGCCAAUCCAUCAUCACCUCCGUCAUCUCUGCCGGCACCUUCCUCGGCUCCCUCCUCCAAUCCCUCACCUCCGACCGCCUCGGCCGACGCCCCUCCCUCCUUAUCUGGGCCGCUAUCUUCACCGCGGGCAUCGCCGUGCAAGUGGGCACCGGGACGGCGCUCGCGCAGCUCGUGCUCGGCAGGUUCGUCGCCGGCCUCGGGGUGGGCGCCAUGUCCGCGAUCGUGCCACUCUAUAAUGGGGAGACGGUCCCGCGCCGGCUGCGCGGCGCGAUGUUGGUGAUGUACCAGCUGCAGAUCAACUUCGGGUUUCUCGCGAGCUACGUCGUCGAGCAGGGCACGCACACCAUCCGCGGCUCCGCCUCCUGGCGCAGCCCCAUCGGGCUGCAGCUCCUCUGGGGGCUCGUCCUCCUCUCGGGAAUGUUCUUCCUCCCCGAGUCCCCGCGGCACCUCCUCUUCCUCGCCUACUCCUCCUCCACUUCCCCUUCCGAGUCCAAGUAUGCCUCCCGCGCCAGGCGGGUAGUAGCCCAGAUGAACGGCGUGCCGGCGGACGACGCGCUGGUGGACGACGUCCUCGCGGAGCUGCAGUACGGGAUAAAGGCGGAGAACGAGGGCGGGAGGGCCGGCUGGGCGGAGUGUUUCAGCCGCAAUGCGCGCCUGGGGUACCGCACGGUGAACGGGAUGAUGCUGCAAGGCUUACAGCAGAUUAAUGGGCAGAAUUUCUACUGCGACAACUUCGAACUUGUCGUGACAGAUUACUACGGCGACACGUUCUUCCAGAGCGCGGGAGCCCCCUUGUCGCCGUACUCGAUCCAGACCAUCCUCGGCGUCGUCUCCGUCGUCGGCACCCUCCCCUCGCUCGUCCUCAUCGAGACCUUCGGGCGGCGGAACUCCCUCCUAACCGGCGCAGCCCUCCAAGCUGCAUUCGCCCUCAUCGCGGGGCUCGUCGGGCACUUCACCCUCGCCGCCCCCCACACACGCCCCACGCAGCGAAACAAAGAGGGCGGCGGCGUGCUCAUCGCGUUCGCGGUCCUGCAGGUGUUCGCCUUCUCCGCGAGCUGGGGGCCCGCGCCGUGGGUGUACGUCGGCGAGAGCUUCCCGCUGCGGGUAAGGAGCCGGUGUAUCGCGCUGGCGGUGGCGACCAAUUGGGUGUGGAACUUCCUGGGCUCGUUCUUCGCCCCGCGCAUCGCAGCGCGCAUCGGCCCGCUCAUACUCCUAAUAUUCUGCGGGAUCCUCGUGUUCGCGUUCGGGUAUGUGUAUUUGUUCAUACCGGAGACCAAGGGGCUCCGACUAGAGGAGGUGGACGAGAUGUACCGCUCGGGCGUGAAGCCCUGGAAUUCGUAUAGUUGGCGGCCGAGCUUGUUCGAGAAGCCCCGGGAGGAACCACGGGAGGCUGGGGAUGGGAAGGAGGAGGAGUUGGAUGGGUGCGACUCACUGGGGAGGGAGGAGGAAGGGAAGGUCGAAGUGGAGGAACAGCAGGUAGUUCGGUGAUAUUGUCGGUGUCGAGGACAAGGGCGGUUCGGCGAUAAAUGGUAGCAUGAAUUGUGAGCUCGAACAGCGACGUCCAUGCUCUCU